AUGGCCUGUCUCUAUCUUUUGAAGGUGAUUAGAAUGACUGGUUUCAUGAAGGGCCUCUACACAGAUGCCGAGAUGAAGUCUGAUAAUGUUAAGGAUAAAGAUGCAAAAAUUAGCUUCCUACAGAAGGCCAUAGAUGUGGUCAUAAUGGUUUCAGGAGAGCCCUUGUCAGCAAAACCAGCCCGAAUUGUGGCCGGACAUGAGCCUGAAAGAACAAACGAGCUGCUGCAGAUCAUUGGAAAAUGCUGUCUCAACAAGCUCUCCAGUGAUGAUGCAGUGAAGAGAGUUUUAGCUGGAGAGAAGGGGGAUGUGAAAGGAAGGGCCUCACUGACCUUGAAGUCUCAAGAAUUGGAUAAUAAGAAUGCUAGAGAAGAAGAGUCCAGAAUUUGUAAAGAUAAAGAGGAUAGAAGAAACUCUGAAAUAAAAGAGAGAAGUACAAGCAGAGAUCAAAAACAUAAAGAAGAAUUGAAAGAAGAAAGCAAACCUAAAGAAAAGGAAAGGGACAAGGAGAAGAGCAGGGAGAAUGACAGAGACAGACAUAAAGAUCCAGAGAGAGACAAAUAUAGAGAAGGAGAAAGAGAAAAAACCAAAAACAGGGCCAAGCAAGAGAGAGAGAGGGACAAAGACAGAGGCAACAGAGAGCGGGACAAAGAUGCAGACCGUGAGAAGGAGCGAGAGAGGAGGAGCGAGGGAGGAAAAGAGAAAGAGAGGUUGAGAGACAGGGACAGAGAGCGCGAUCGAGACAAAGCGAGGGACAGGGACAGACGGAGAGUGAAGAACGGAGAGCACUCCAGGGACCCUGAUAGGGAAAAGAGCAGAGAGCAUGAUAAACUAGAGAAAAAGUCACCAAACUCAGGGGAGAUGUCUAAGAAGUUGUUGGAAGGAUCUUUGAAAGACUCCAAAGCUGAAACAGAGGCUGAGAUUUCUGCUAGAGCAUCCAGGUCAUUGAUGACAAAAACAUCAAAAUGGCGAUCCAAAAAUUCAGUGGAAGGAAGGAAGAAGGAUAAUAUUUCAGCUAAAAUUUUAGACCCCAUAGUGUCUGGAUUAAAUAAUGAGCCAGAACAGGAAACUACAGCUUCAGAAAUAGGAACAAAAGAAGCUAAUACUUACUCAACCAGUAUUUCACAUGAUAAUUCCACUAGUCUGUGGCAUGAGAAUACUGAGCCAUACCCAGCAGCGAAGCAGAAAGGUGACUCCACCAGCGAUGCAGAAGGAGAAGUUGGACCUGCUGGCCAAGAUAAGUCUGAGGUGUCAGAGAAUUCAGAAAUCCCUAAUGAGCUUUCAUCCAGUCUCAGAAGAAUACCUAGGCCUGGGAGUGCAAGACCAGCGCCUCCCCGGGUCAAACGGCAAGAGAGUGUGGAAGUGUUGACAGUGGACAGGGCAGGGAGUGGUAAAACCGUCUCAAAUGUGAUUGUAGAUUCACAGAAUUCUGACAAUGACGAGGAUAAUCAGUUUGUGGUGGAAGCUGCCCCUCAGCUCUCUGAAAUGUCAGAAAUUGAAAUGGUACCAGCUGUGGACUUAGAAGAGGAAGAGAAGCAUGGCGGACUUGUGAAAAAGAUCUUGGAGACUAAGAAAGAUUAUGAGAAAUUGCAGCAGUCAUCUAAACCCGGAGAGAAGGAGAAAUCGCUGGUCUUUGAGUCAGCAUGGAAGAAGGAGAAGGACGUUGUUUCCAAGGAGAUAGAAAAACUGCGUGUGUCCAUCCAGACCCUGUGCAAGAGUGCGCUUCCCCUGGGGAAGAUCAUGGACUACAUCCAGGAGGAUGUGGAUGCCAUGCAGAAUGAGCUGCAGCUGUGGCACAGCGAGAACAAGGAGCAUGCUGAGGCCCUGCAGAAGGAGCGGAGUAUCACAGACUGUGCUGUGGAACCCUUAAAGGCCGAGCUGGCUGAGCUGGAGCAGCUGAUUAAAGACCAGCAAGACAAGAUCUGUGCCGUGAAGGCCAAUAUCCUAAAGAAUGAAGAAAAAAUUCAGAAAAUGGUGUAUGGUAUCAAUUUGACUUCGAGAAGGUGAACAUUCAAAAGUUUCAAAGAUGAGAAGUCACCAUCAGUUUAAAAAUAAAAAGGAAGAUAGAAAAUUAUUACUCCUUAAAUUUCAGUUUGAGAAAAUGAACAGUUUACAAUGUUAUUAUCCAACUAAUUUUCAGAGCUUUAAAACUUCAGGCACAUUAAAUAUAUAAAAAGACCACGUUUUCUUACCUCCCUCCAGCUGGAAUCCUUGCUAGUUAUAAAUAGCUCUUCAAAAUGCCUUUGUGAGUUUUUUUUGCAAGCCUGUUCCUUGUGUUUCUGCUGUAGCCUGUUAAAUUCUGCACCAGAAUCCCUGGCAGGUAAGUGGUGUCAGCAUACCAAGGAAACAGUAGUCCUUUAUUUUAGUUUUCAAGUCUAGUGAAAGGACUUCCAUUGGUUAGCACUGAGUGAAGA